GUCUUGCCGUCCGUCGACUUCGUGGCCCUCUCUGCGAGCAGCCUCCGUCUCGGCCUCUGCCUCGCCAUGGAGCGACCGCGAGGCAGCGAAGCAUCUUGGCCAGCACUGGCAAUUGCUGCAACUGCUGUAAGUGGCACAACGUUGUACUUGCUCAAUCAGGCUGCGAUGGAGUUGGCGACGGGAUCCCUGUGUGGGCCUGCUCGACAACGUCUGAAGAGGUUGGUAUCUUGGCUCCAGAGGAUGGGCCGUGUCUCACGGCGGGAAGCAAUUGAUGCCCUGCCGGUGGCCAGCCGUGAUGCCUUGCUUCAGUUUAUGACUUCUUGGAAGGCCAGUGGUGGUGCCGUCAGGGCACCGAGUGACUUCUCCAAGGCUCGGACUCGGGUCGUGCACCAAAAGACGCUUGUGCAGGCCCGAAGCCCAAUGCGCAGCCGUGGUGGUGUGCGCCGUGUGAGGCAAGGAGCUUUUCAAGCCACCAUCUGCUUCUGUCGGUUGAUGGUCCGGUCUGCUACAACACACUGCCACUUGCGAGCCAACGCUUUUCAUGCAGUGCUUGCACGCCUUUACGAGCUUGCGAUGGGUGCUUGUGGAAACAGCGCCGAGCUCAAUGAGGACCAUAUAGCUUGGGCAACGGAAAUGGCUUUAGCCGAAUCUGGACUCUGCGAAUCCGACCUGAGGCCAAGCUACGCAGCAGUGGUUAGCUCCGGAUGCUUGGCCGGUGUUAUCGAGUCGCCAACGACAUCAUCUCUGACACAGGCCUUGGCCUGGCGUUGGCGGCUUGGGUUGGCGCGUCAGCAUGGCUGGACGGAAUUGCAGAAGGUAUGGGUCGAGGUGCUGCGUGAAGCUCGACCGGGUGGCAGCCGGCCCCUCUCGGCAGAGAAAGCCCGCCUGCGUGUGCGAAGCGCAUGGCAGCGCCAGGCCAGUCGUCGCCAGGCGAUCAGAAUGAAAUCUGAGGUGCGGCUCAGUCGACGGGUUCAACGCUUGGCUGCUUCAAACCUGCACAGGUGUGCAGCUGCAGAUGCUCGCCUGAAGGAGCUGGUGGCCCAGGCUGGCAAACGAUGGGAAGGGAUUCUGAGGAGGGCCGUUGGCGGCAGGGGAAUCGCCAAGAGGAUCCCGAAGAAGUAUCUUUUCGCAGGGACAGAACUUACUGCAAAGGGCUUCUUUGCCAUUGAGGAUGAAAAGAGAUGUGUUGAAAACAUUCGACCAUGUGAAAACGGGAUCAAUGUCAAGCUCGCUGUCGACGUGGAGACGACAGCGGCCCAGCAAAAAAAGAAGUACUACGAGACGGUCUUGGAGGAGCGAAAGGAGCUGAGGCAACAGCUGGACGCCAAAGAAGCUCAGCAUGUAGCUGCAAUCAAGGAGGCAUCGGAUCAUCAACGAGCUCUCUUUGGUGAUGUACAGACAUUGCAGGAGAAGCUACGGCAAAAGAACGAAGCAUCUGAAGAAGACAGAAGGCGCGUAGACGAAGCUGAGCGUCGUGCCGAAGAUGCGCAACGAAGAUAUGAUCAGGAAGCGGCGACAGCUUUAGCACACCGGCAGAGCCUCACGGAUCUCCAGCAGAAUUACGAGUCGGAAAGAAGGCAAAAGGACGACGCACAGAAGAAGGCACAAGAAGCCUGCAGUACCGCAGAAGAGGUGACGCUGCGCAACCAAGCAUUGGAGAAGCGCCUGGUGGACACGGAAGAAUUGCUUCGGAAAGAGAAGGAGAAGAACCGACAAUUAGAGGCGCGGCUGCAGAGCCUGGAACGUACCGUGAAGGCCCUGGAGGAAAAGGCAGAUGCAGCAGCACAGAUGGGGCGUGCAGAGGGUGCAUCCGAAUUGGCGGAGGUAAAGAAGAAGUAUGCGGAGCUUAGCGCAGCCAAAGACAAGGAGCUGCAGGUGGCACUCCUGGAACUGCAAGCUUUGGCACAGGGCCAGGAGCUCCUUCGUGCAGAGCUACGGAAUAGUCUCCGGCCACUCGUGUCACCGCCCUGGCCGAGCCUCUCGCCUCCGCCCCGUCCUCUGCCUCGCAUUCCGACGAUUCCCUGGCACCGUCGAGUGUCCAAGUCGGUCCUUCCUGUGAACAGAGGGGAACUUCCUGCCUAUGGAGACUCGAUGCUUGUUGCACCUUUCCCAACCGCAACAUCUACAUAUAUCUCCGCAGAGCCAAUGGCUGCAAGCGCCUUCGACAGCGGGGAAGGGCAGAGGCUCGACUUUCCUGCAGAACCGGUGGCUCAGAAACGCUUUGUGUAA